AUGCCGAAACCUACAAAACCACAGCCGCAAGUAGAACAUGUAGAAAACUUUAUCAUUGUUUGGUUGGACCAAUCAAUAGGGCACACUAAGCACAACGAACAGUCAAAAACUCAAUUGCAACAAAUUGUGAAUUCAGUUAUAACAUUUACGGAUCAAAAACAAUGUCACACUUUUAUGUCUAGUAUCAAAGACGAAAAGAUUUUUGUAGUUGUUUCAGGAAAAGUUGAAGAAAAUUUUGUUUCAAGUAUACACGACGAAAAGCAACUGGAGUCAAUAUAUAUAUUAUCUUCCGAUAAGGCAAAAGAAGAAACUUGGAUUAGUCAAUACCCAGAAAUCAGCGGUAUUUACACUACCAUGCUGUCGCUAUGCAAACAACUAGGCAAGGAUGUGAAAAAUCUCGAUCGUAGUCUGUUGGGGUUUGAAGUGAUGGAACUAUCGUUGUCAGACACUACAUCGAAGACUAAUCAACAAGAAGCAUUGUUUAUGUAUGAUCAGUUGUUUCGAGAUAUUGUCUUGUCAGUAUCAGAUGACAGCAUACAAGAUAUGUAUGAAUUUUGUGAAAAGCAAUACCGAGGAAACGCUCAAGAGCAAUUAUUUCUGAAAACACUCAAACAAAAGUAUUCUUCCCAUUCUCCCGUCUGGUGGUACAGUCAGGAGGCAUUUCUUUAUCGUAUGGUGAAUAAAGCUCUUCGGACUCAUCAGUACGAUAUACUUUAUCUUCUGCGAGUAUUUGUUCGGCACCUCCAUGAAGAAAUCAUUGUAAAACAAAAAGAGGAGAGCAUUGGUGAAAGGAAGCUAUUUCGUGGACAAGGAAUGGACAAAGAAACUUUCGAUCGAAUUCGUCUGAACAAAGGUGGGCUUUUAUCCAUCUCGAAUUUUCUUUCUACCAGUUUAGAGCUUGAAGCAGCCCUUCAUUUUGCUCGUGCAGCUCUUAAUAAUAAAAAGCUGGUGAGUGUCCUGAUGGAAAUUACAGUCGAUAAGAAUGCGGUGGUUCCUCUCGCCAACAUAACUGAUCUUAGUGCAUACAAGAUGGAACAAGAGUGGCUCUUCUCUAUGGGAUCGGUGUUUCGUAUUGGUUCAGUAGAAUGCUCACCUGAGGGAAUAUGGGUCAUCCCUUUAACAUUCACAAAUGAUCAAGACGAACAACUCAAUGCUUUGAAAGAACAUUUCAAAAAGUCCAUGGCCGAUAGGAAUACUUGCCUUAAUUUUGCUAAGUUAAUGCAUCAAUUAGCGGCUUGGAAGAAAUCUGAAUAUUUCUAUUUGAUGGCGCUGGAAAAUGAGACUACAUGGCAACGUCGUUCAGUUUUAUUCAAUAAUCUUGCAAUGGUUAAAGGAGAAUUGAAAAAAUAUGACGAAGCAUUAGCUUAUUACCAAAAGUCACUGGAACUAGAGGAUGCAAAAGGAUCCGACAGUAAAACAGACAAAGCGACCACAUAUAACAAUAUUGCAACUCUUUAUCACAAGCAAAAGAAAAAGGAUCAAGCCAUUGAAUAUUUUCAAAAAGCGAUCGAAGCCUGCAAUGCUCAGGGAAAUACAGAUGACGAUCUAGUGUCCACAUUGCACGCCAAUAUAGCUAUGAUUCUCGAUGAUCAAGGCAAAUAUGAGGAAGCUCUGGCAAAAAGUGAAGAGUCCCUCAAGAUUCGUAUAAAAAUUUUUCCAGCGAUUCAUCCAUCUGUAGCAAGUGGAUAUGGUACCAUUGCUAAUAUACUUCACAGCAUGGGAUCGUAUGCAAAGGCUAUUGAAUAUGCUCAAAAGGCAGUUGAUAUCGAUCGACAGGCCCUACCACCAGAUCACCCUCAGACUUUGCUCCACAUGAACAAUCUUGAAGUAUUCAAACAACAUCAGUCUAACUAA